AGGUGACUUGAUGUCAUCCUGAGCAGCUGGGCGGCGGGUGCCGGUGCGCCCAGAGCCGGGGCUCCCGCGGCGUCGCGUCGUGCUGGGUCGGGUCCCACGACUUGAGGAGAGGUCCGCGCGCUGCUCGGGUCAGCCCAGAGCAUGCCAGCCGUCCGCACCCCGACCGGGGGCUGAGCUGGGGGCAUGCUCCGGCCCCUCCGGAGCCGAAGAGAGAACCCGGGAGCGCCGCCACCCAGCGCCAGCGCCCGGAGCGGAACCUCUGCGAAGGAGCCCUGAUCGGCCGCCCCCUCCCCACCCGCAGUCCCCUGUGGUCGGGGACGGAAGUCUGGGCUUCUGAGAAAACCAGGGUGGGAACUCUAACUGGACUCUUCGGGAACCCCAGGACCUGAGGCCUGAGCCAUCCUCCUCUCUACUCUGCUGCCCCCCAGGACUGGGCAGUUGCCGAAGGCCCUGGGGGGGGGCCCAGACUGUGGUUGUGUGCCCCCCCCCGCCCCAGGAUGGGCCCAAGUUAGUCAGCCUCACCUCAUUCGGCAUCCUCCGGGCCCAGAGGGAACCCCAGGGGCCCUGAAGGCUUGACCCACCGCCUGGCCACCAUGGAGACAAAGCUGCCCCCUGCGAGCACCCCCACCAGCCCCUCUUCCCCUGGGCUGUCGCCUGUGCCCCCACCCGACAAGGUGGACGGCUUCUCCCGCCGUUCCCUCCGCAGGGCCCGGCCCCGACGCUCCCACAGCUCCUCUCAGUUCCGCUAUCAGAGCAACCAGCAAGAGCUCACUCCACUGCCCCUGCUCAAAGAUGUGCCAGCCUCUGAGCUGCACGAGCUGUUGAGCCGGAAGCUGGCCCAAUGUGGGGUGAUGUUUGACUUCUUGGACUGUGUGGCUGACCUGAAGGGGAAGGAGGUGAAGCGGGCAGCGCUCAAUGAGCUGGUGGAGUGUGUGGGGAGCACCCGGGGGGUCCUCAUUGAGCCUGUCUACCCUGACAUCAUCCGCAUGAUCUCAGUGAAUAUCUUCCGGACCCUGCCACCCAGUGAGAACCCUGAAUUUGAUCCUGAAGAGGAUGAGCCCAACCUUGAGCCUUCCUGGCCACAUCUGCAGCUGGUAUAUGAGUUUUUCCUGCGUUUCUUGGAGAGCCCAGACUUCCAACCCUCUGUGGCCAAGAGAUAUGUGGAUCAAAAGUUUGUCCUGAUGCUCCUGGAGCUAUUUGAUAGUGAGGACCCCCGGGAGCGUGAGUACCUCAAGACCAUCCUGCACCGGGUCUAUGGCAAGUUCCUGGGGCUCCGGGCCUACAUCCGCAAACAGUGCAGCCACAUCUUCCUCCGGUUCAUCUAUGAACUCGAGCACUUCAAUGGUGUGGCUGAGCUGCUGGAGAUCUUAGGAAGCAUCAUCAAUGGCUUUGCGCUGCCCCUGAAGACCGAGCACAAGCAGUUCCUGGUCCGGGUCCUGAUUCCCCUGCACUCUGUCAAGUCACUGUCUGUCUUUCAUGCCCAGCUGGCAUACUGUGUGGUGCAGUUCCUGGAGAAAGACGCCACUUUGACAGAGCACGUGAGUACCUCUGGGGGGCAAGGCAGGCCCCACCCCUGCAGGUCUGACUCCUCUCUGCCUCAACUCCCACAGGUGAUCCGGGGGCUGCUCAAAUACUGGCCAAAAACCUGUACCCAGAAGGAGGUGAUGUUUCUGGGGGAGAUGGAAGAGAUUCUUGAUGUCAUCGAGCCUUCCCAGUUUGUGAAGAUCCAGGAACCCCUCUUCAAGCAGGUGGCCCGCUGUGUGUCUAGCCCCCAUUUCCAGGUUGCAGAGCGGGCUCUGUAUUUCUGGAACAACGAGUAUAUCCUGAGCCUCAUUGAGGACAACUGCCACACUGUGCUGCCUGCUGUGUUUGGGACCCUCUACCAAGUCUCUAAGGAACACUGGAAUCAAACCAUCGUAUCUCUGAUCUACAAUGUGCUCAAGACAUUCAUGGAGAUGAAUGGAAAGCUGUUUGAUGAGCUCACAGCCUCCUACAAGCUAGAGAAGCAGCAGGAGCAGCAGAAGGCCCGGGAGCGUCAGGAGCUAUGGCAAGGCCUGGAGGAGCUACGGCUACGCCGGUUACAGGGGACCCAAGGGGCCAAAGAGGCCCCCCUCCAGCGGCUUACACCCCAGGUGGCCACCAGUGGGGGUCAGAGCUAGAGAUCCCCUAGAAGGGGAAGAGCUAAAUUCGGAGCUCUCAGUCCCUCCAUCCCCUCUCCUGCCCAGGGGCCCAGAGAGACACACACCUACCCCUGGCCUUGCCAGAGCGGGCCUGGAGGGCUCCCUGCCUGGCCUGGCAUGGGCAGCUUUUGCUAUGGGGAGAGGAGGAGAGAUGGUGGUCCUGGCAACAGAACUCUCAGGCCUUUGUGGCAGGACUCGACCAGGGCAGGCUUGACCAGGAAGCUGCCAUCAGGGACUGCACCUGCCCCGCAAAGCUGGGCUCCAGACUGCAGGCAGGUUCCCACCCCGGCUCCUGCCUAGAGCAAGGGCACUUAGCCCCUUGCCUGCCCUGCCUCGUGCCAGCACGAGGUCCUUCCUCACCCCACCAUGGGAUCCAUGGUCUAUUUAUUCUCCCCAGCUCACCCCCAACACAGACGCUGUCCUGGGCCUGGGGCAUUUUCUUUCCCUCCUCUCCCUCACCCUGUACUUCCUUGUCCCCUUUUUAUUUAUUGGGCAGGGGGAGGGGUGAGGGCAUAGGCAGAAGAGAUUCCCCGUGUUCUAGGGUGGGGGGGGGUCACAGUUACCAUGGUCUGUCCCCCUUCCCCUGCCUGGGGGUAGACUUAAUAAAGAGAGAAACUUGA